GCAACCCCCGUAGGACGCUGAGCGACGCCGGUGUCAAAUGCUACACUGCCAGUGAAUGCGAACAGCGACAAACAUUGAAUACGAAUGAACGUUUGAAAGUGGAAACGACGAUAAAGCGGUGCGUACACAACCAUAGCUACAGCUACAGCUAUAGUUACACACAGUCGUGCGGCAACAAGGGGUGCGCUGCUUCAACUGUCAAAUGCAAGAUACAACAGCUUGAGUGCCAGUUGUGGUAAUUCGGUUCGAGCUGUAGAGAUAAGGGGCGCUCCUGCAAUUGUUGAAGUUUUUCAUUUUUUGCUGUGUUCUGUUCUGUUCUGUUGUGCUCUGUUGCUGUACAGCUGCAUCCUUCUGCAUUACAACAGCCCCCGUUCGGCGACGCCACUGUGCUAUUGAGGCAGAGGCAGAGCGACGACUACUACGACUGCCAGCUUUAUAGCUGGCUGGCUCUGACUCUGGUUGUUUGGCUGACUGCCUCGCUGUGGACAGAACGAAAGACAGGCGGCAACUAAAGCGGCGGGUCGCAAGCGAAAUUGUUUAAUAUUCAAUAUAAAAAAAGAGAUACUUAGUACGAGAAAACGGUCGUAACGCAUUACAAGAAAUUAUAAUUAAAUAAGAAUAACAUACACAAUAAUAAUAUAAAGCCCAGCCAAGAGCGUCUAAGCCUUGACACCGAGAGAGCGGCAAGCAGUGGAACCACAGAAGCAACAAAACAUUUUUUUGUACAAAAAAAAAAACAGCUUUAAAGCAUUAACAGUAAAAAGGAUAAAAGAAUACAUAUAAAAGACAACAGACAGAUCAAGGCACAGUAAGAGCUUGUGGCAACAUCUCAGUGCUGCAUUCUCUUCGUCUUCACCAAACAACCAACAUAACCAUCAUUAUCUCCCAGGCCCCAUAGCAACGAUCAAAAAAAGAGCAUAAUGUCGAACGGUAAAGCCACGGCAUCGUUUUUCGAGAACGGCAGCACCUCACAGUUCGAAUACUGUUACAAGCUGUAUCCGCAGGUGCUGAAGAUGAAGGCGGAGAAGCGCAGCAAGAAGCCACAGGAGCUAAUACGCUUGGAUCAGUGGUAUCAGAACGAGCUGCCUAAUUUGAUAAAGGCACGAGGGAAGGAUGCGCAUCUGGUGUAUGAUGAGCUGGUGCAGACCAUGAAGUGGAAACAGUCUCGCGGCAAAUUCUAUCCGCAGCUAUCGUACUUGGUCAAGGUGAAUACGCCGCGUGCUGUUAUGCAGGAGACCAAGAAGGCCUUCCGCAAGCUACCAAAUCUGGAGCAGGCGAUUACAGCUUUAUCAAACCUCAAGGGUGUCGGCACCACAAUGGCAUCCGCCCUGCUGACAGCCGCCGCGCCGGAUUCGGCGCCUUUUAUGGCUGAUGAGUGUCUGAUGGCCAUACCCGAGAUCGAAGGCAUCGACUACACGACCAAGGAGUACCUCAACUUUGUGCAACACAUACAGUCGACAGUGGAGCGUCUGAAUGCUGAGGUUGGCGGCGAUACGCCGCACUGGUCACCACAUCGCGUCGAAUUGGCACUUUGGGCGCACUACGUGGCCAACGAUCUUAGUCCGGAGCUGCUCGAUGAUAUGCCUCCGCCCGGCACUGCAAUCAACACAAAUGGCAGCCUUAGCAAGUCCACCAGCAACAGCAAAGAACUCGAUGGCGAGGACACCAACGAUGGCGUCGGCGUUGAUGUUGACGAUGAAAGUCUGGGUGCAGGUGGCGGACGCAACACGGCCACAGAAUCGGAAACUGAAAAUGAAAACACCAAUCCGAUUGCCUUGACGCCGUUGAGCGCCUCGGAUGCCGUCAAGAACAACAGUAACACUGCCGCCCUGCAGGAUGGUGACUCGAACUUUGUUUCGAACGAUUCAACCUCACAGGAGCCGAUCAUUGAUGACAACACUACACAGACUACAGCCACCACAUCGACAGAGGAUGGUGAGCCGCUCGGUGGUGGCACACCGCUUGCCUCCGACUCGGAAAGUAACCUGGAGGCGCCACUAAAGACAACUGGCAACCGACUGCCAGCAACAGCAGCCGCAGCAGCAGCAGUAGCAGCAUCAGCUGGUACACAAGCUACGCCGCACAAUGGUCAGAGUGCUGCGCAGUCAACAGCAACAGAAGUUGUCCCAGUUGCAAUUGGAGUAGGAGCAGCUGCCGCCAACGGAAAUGGUAAUGGCACUGCCGGCAAUGGCAUUCUUGGGCUUACUAACGCCAUUGUUGCGGAGGACGAGGACGAUGAGGAGGGAGACGACGAGGAUGAGGAUGAUGAUGAGGACGAAGAGCUAGAGGCUGAUGAGAGCAACAGCAGCAGCAGCAAUUUGCGUGCCAGCAACAAGCUGCAGCAUCUGUCAGAGGGAACGACGGCGGAAGCGAUGCUAACGGCGCCCUCCAUUGGGCAGAAGCGAUCAGCGCUGCAUUGCGAUAUGGAGACAAGCGCGAAUUCUGCUGUCGGUGAUAAAUCACCGGAUCUGAAGAAAAUGCGCAGCGAUUGAGCUGCAGCCGAUGCCCAGGAGUCCAAACCCAAGCCCGGCAUCGAAAUCAAAAUCGGUGUCCUCUUCGGGUAACGUAUCUGCGUAUCUGGUGGAAAGACAUGUAGUGCAGUUGAGUCGUCGAUAUAAAGUGAGAGACAGAGAGAAAGAGAGAGCAACAUUACCUACACUUUGCCACAACAACAUUCAAAAAGAAAAAUUACCAUUAAGCAACUAAUUAUACAUAUAAUAUAUAAUAUACAUAUAUAUACAAAACA